GGAGAAGCGCGUGUGGUUUCAAACAAGAUUAAACAACCUUUGCGUCUUGGACCGUUUUCUUUCAUCAACUGCUAAACAGUGAUGAAGUGGGAUCCGUAUGAGUGUCAGUGCUUAUUUCUCCUGCUUUUCCACCACAUUUUGGUCUCCACCACAGAGAGAUUUGAGGUUCUGGGUCCUUCUGAGCCUGUAGUUGCUGUGGCUGGUGAAGAUGUUGUUCUGCCCUGUUACCUCAAACCCAACAUCAGUGCUGCGGACCUGGAGGUUAGGUGGUUCAGAAAAGACUUCACAGGCUCUGUUCAUCUUUACCGUGAACAUCAAGACCAACACGAGAGUCAGAUCCCAAACUACAGGGGAAGGACAUCACUCUUCUCAGAGGAACUCAAGAAAGGCAACGCUUCAUUAAAACUGACUGGAGUGCGUACCUCUGAUUUUGGAGAAUACGAAUGUUUUGUUCAAGCUCCAUACUGGUACGAUGACAGGUCCAUUGAUGUUAUUAUUAAAGCUGUAGGAACCCAGCCAGUGAUCUCCAUUGAGGGAUAUAAAGAAGGAGGGAUCAGUCUGGUGUGUGAAUCUAAAGGCUGGUUCCCUCAGCCUCAAGUGGUCUGGAUGGACAGUGAAGGACACAACCUCACAGCUGGACCAACUGAAACACAAAGAGACAGUAGGGACCUCUUCACUGUGAGACGACGUGCCAUUGUGUUGGAGGGAAACAGCAACAGCUUCACAUGUAGAAUUAUACAACAGCUGGUAAAUGAAAUAAAAGAGGUUUCUACAAAUAUACCUGGCGAGAUCUUCCAAAGUGCACAUACACGGAAGGUGGUCCUUGCUGUUUUCAUCUCUUUGGCUGUUGCAGUUGGAUCUGGAAUUUUAAUCUUCUAUUUUGUAAAAUUGCACAGAAAGAAAGGUCAGCUCAACAAGCAGAAGGAUGAGCUCAACCAACAACAUGAUGAGCUCAAAGAACAAUAUGAUGAGCUCAAAAAACAAUAUGAUGAGCUCAAAGAACAAUAUGAGAAGCUCAAACUAGAAAAGGAUGAGCUCAAAAAACAAUAUGAUAAGCUCAAACAAGAAAAGGAUGAGCUCAAACAAGAGUCUGCCACAGAUGAACUCUGUAAAAAAGCAAGUGAUGAACCGCCCAAUGAGAAUGAGCCCCUCAAACAAAGUGAACCACCCAAUGAGAAUAAGCUGCUCAAAGAAAAAAGAGCAGGCUGCGUUAUUAGCUGACGUCUCUGCCUGGAUAACAGUAACCUUCAGCAGAAGUUGUCAAAAAGAUUCAGCAGGACAUGGA